UUCACUGCAUGUUGUUUUGGCCUUCGCCGCUUUUUUCCUCUACAAACAUUAUUCCACGCGUUUUGUUUACGCGUAAAGGAUGAUGUGGUACCUUGCUAUCAAUAAUUUGAUUAACAUUUUCCAUCUGUGAUACAUUUGCGAUGGUUGUAAGAAAUAAGAAGAGAAAAGAUAGGGGAAAAGAGCGACGAUUGCUAAAUGUUAAAUAUAAGAAAAAUAUUAUGCCAUUAGCUACUAAACUUUCUAUAAGCUCCGUUAUUUCUAUUACAGUUAUUUUUUUAGCAUAUUUAUAUAAUAAAAAUGUACGCGAUAAUGGACUUCUGCUGUUAGAAGAAACCCUUUCUGGCCUUCUGAAUGAGGAAAAAUCUGUAGCGGUGAAUCCUGAAGCUAAAGUUGCUAUUGGCUUUGGAUCUUGUUUGGAUAUUGUAGUUCAAAGUAACGAAGUUGUUUUUGAUCAAGCACCCGAAAAUCCAGAGCAUUUCUUUUCUGUUUCGUCAAGAGAGGAGUUUUUGAAAGUGUUUGCUUACUUCUACCGUCAUGGAGCUGCAGCAGAAAGAUAUAUUUCAAACUCUACUUUUUUCAAUGAAUUGGUGGAAAUGGCAAUGAAAGCUCCAAGUGCUCGCUCAAUGAUUGGCGGCAAUGCUCCAGUAAUGGCAAAACGAUUUGCCAAGGAAGGCUGCCAGGUGCUGUUGGGAGCUCAAGUUUCAGAAUCUCUAAAGAACAGGAACAGUUUUCAGAAAAAAUUACUGUUUCAGGGCCCAUCAGUUAAAGAUGAUGAUAUUCAUUUAUUGCUGGAAUAUCCUGCUGGCCAAAGAUGGGGACCUUUUUCUCCACCCAGGGCAAAUCGUUUUAUUGUUCAUAAUGAUCAUGAAAAUCCUAAACUAUCAUCAAUUGAUAUGUUUAUCCAGAAAGUGAACUUAUACAAACCAGAUCUCUUGGUGAUAAGUGGUUUACAUAUGAUGGACAAUUUUCCUAUGCCAGCAGAUGCCCAACUGAAACAGCUGCAGAAAGUUCAAGCAUUAAUGGCAAAACAGCCUAACAAUGUGAGAAUUCAUUUUGAAAUGGCAUCUUUCAGUGAUGAAACGCUUCUAAAAAAUCUUGUUGAAAAUAUAAUUCCGUUUGCCGAUUCUCUUGGAAUGAAUGAACAGGAGCUCCCUAAUUUGUACCAGAUGAUGAAAUAUGGGAAUGUAAGUUUACUUGCUGAAUCUCGCCCUAGAAUUGCAGCUGUUUUAGACCAGAUGAGGAAUGUAUUCAACUAUCUACAAGGUACCGAAGAAACUUCAGGUCGUCGAAAACUAACCAGACUGCAUGUACAUACUUUAGCGUUCCAAGCUUUUCUUGUUAACAAAGAAUCUCAGUGGAAAAACACAAAAGCAGCAGCAGCCAAGUCUGCUCUCACCGCCAACAGGCAUACAUGUGGAUCUGAUGAAAUCAAUAUAAAAAAUGCCAAACUCAUAAUGGAUGAUGCUUUUACAUCCAGUAUGCAACAGGAUUUCCAUCGCAUUCCAUUUGAAACUAAACAGCCAGUCUCUUGUUGGGAUGAAGAUGACUUAAUGUUUUGUGUAUCGCCUGUGCUAGUGUGUACAGAUGUCUUGCAGACUGGUGGAGGAGGUGAUAAUAUUUCUUCAGCUGGGCUAGUUUUACAAAUAUGAAAAAUUGUUUAACUUUUUGAUCAGUACUUCCCAAAGUGUUGAUAUCCAUGUGCCUAAUCAAAAAUUUUGUUUUUGAAAUGUUUGUAGAGACAGUUAAGCAUUGUCUCAGAAUUUUUAAAAACAGCAGAACAUAAAAACCUAAACUGCUUAGAAAUGUAACCUGUCACCUCAAAAACUUGAUAAAGAAAAGUUUUGAAGCUUAACCAUGUGAGGCAAAUGCAGAAUAUCAAUCAAAGUCUUAUAAAAGUUCAAAGGGUACAAGCAGGCUAAGACUUUACAAUGGCCACAACUCACAACAAAGCUUGGUGAUACAAUAGUUUGGUAAUUGCUGAUCUUUUUACGUUUUUAUAUUGUUCAUUCGUUGGUAAAACAUUCCUUUUUUGUUGUGUCAUAGCUACUUCAUGGAAGGACCAACAUUUAAAAAUAAAUUUCUGUUCCUAGUUGAUGAGAAAUCAGUGAAGCCCGUGUUAAAAAAUAUAUUUAUUCUUUUGGUAUCAGAUUUAAUUAUAGUAUGAAUUCAGUGAUUUAAAAAGAGAAAAUUCGUUAUGUUGAUUUUAACAGCAGCAUAUUAUGGGACUAGAUCCCAAGUAAAAUUGGACAAAUACAUUUUAGGGCUAUAACAGGGGUAAUAGUGAACUCAAGCAAAACUUUCUGAAGACAGUGAAAUUUUUGGAAACUAUGAGAAAGCUAGCCCCCCCCCCCCUGUAAAAACUUUUCAAAUAUGCAUGCAAAAAUCAUGGGGGAAAAACUUAAAAAUCUUUUUUUUUUUUUCAAAUGAUUUUUCAGUUUCUAAAUGUGUUGUCGGCUCAAAAUUUUCGGAAUCGGCAGCCCAGAACUUUUGAAUCACAAACACCCCUGGUUUAUAACUGCCCUUUCUUGUGCCAGCCAGGCUGGCAUUUUGGGUCAGCUGCUUCACUUUUCCAACUGUGCAGUAAUUUGGUGCGAAGUCUGACUUCCACAGUACACCAUGCUAUAAAGAGCUGUUUAUAGUGUGGGCAACCAUUCCUAGCACAAUAACACAUUUGCACAAAGAAAGGACAAGGACAGGAGAGAUAAAAACCAUCUAUGCCGAGCCAGGUUUUGAACCCGGGAACUCCCCAUGACAGUCCAACUUCUCUAGAUCACUAGAGAAGGCAGUCGGCUAUAAGGCCCCUUUAAUUUUGUAUAUUCAAGAUCCCUCCUCCCCUACACACUCCCCUCCACUUACACAGUACUUAGUCAAUUUCAUUUACACUUUUAAGAUUUUAAAAAUCAUUAUUAAUUUUUAACCCAUCCUCUUUAAGAGACAGGGGGAUGGGCAGUCCUAGUCAUUAAAUUUGUAUACCUACUAUAAUUAAAAAAAAAGUAAUCUCUUUUACACCCGUGUGUUACAAUAGAAAAUGUUAAAUUACAAUCGCUGCUUAUUAUUAACUAGAAAAUCGCCCGUCAGGGUAUGACAGGUCAAAAUUGCUUCUACAUUUGAACAAAGCCAUUGCCUGUUUGGUGAUAUUUUGAUAGUUGAAAUUAUAAUCCCAACUCCAGUGGAUCAAUCAUAAAUUCUAGUAGAUAGUGUUCAUUGUUGACCACUUUUCGUUUCUUCAUUCUCCUAAAAUGAUUCUUAUCAGUGAAAGUUACAGAACAGAAUGAAUCCAGUUCAGCCUUGUCAGAAUAAAACAUUUUCGUGCAGUGCACGUCAAACAUUACCAAAAAUGUUAUCAAAUUAGCAGGCUGUGGUGUGAGCUUUAUUGUUGAUGAAGUCAGGAGCGCUACUCAAUCAGUGAAUUCGCUGUUAUAUAUAUAUAUAUGAGGAUUUGUUAAAGUAAAUUUGAUUUCUGUAAAGAACUACAGAAAUACUAAUCACACCCCGGCAAGGAAAGCGACAAACUUGAGAGAAAAAAAGAACAUUUGGGAAAAUCAAGGUUUUUACGCAACAGUAGUUUUAAGUGAUUUAGUCUCAAAAACCACAAUGCCCAUAAAACAAUUAUGAUGUGAUGUUCACUGGUUAGUUUUUGUUGUCUAAAUUAAUGAUAAGUACUUCAAGUUCAAAAAUAUUUCUCUAAAUAAUGAAAAUUCAAUAAUGUAUCACUAUUUAUAAAAUCCUUUUGAAGCCAUCUUGCACCAUUUAUGUAAGCUAACUUAGUGGCAAGAAGGACCAUCAAAUUUUCGAUUUUAAACCACUAGUUUGUACUCCCCAAAUUUUAAGCUGUGUCUCUUUCCAUGUUGGGGUGCAAUAUUUUGGACAUAUUUACUCAAGAGAGUUUAAGUCAAUGAGUUUAUAAUAAUAAGAGAAUUAAUUUAAUUUCCUUUUCAAAUGCACCUCCUGGUAGAAUACCGGAGUGUAUACAAUUUGGUCUGCAUUUUAUGAAGGUUCUUAUUAGUUUUGUUUUAAGAACUUAUGCAGGUUGUGAGAGAAAAUUGGACAAAACGGGGGGAGGGGGAUGUCCUUCCUUUGCUGUGCCUCUGCAUUGAAUAGAUGUGGUCUUGUUGCCAGGAGGAUCAAUGCAAACUUUUAAGUAAAUGCAAACUCUUGAGAAAUUUAAAUGUGUUUGUUUUGUUGAAAGUUGUAAAAUUCCAUUUUUUUUCACUACAAUUUUGUAUUUUUUUAAAAAAUAUUUUUAAGUUAGUAUAAUUUUGUAUUUAAAAUAAUUUAAUACAUGUAUUGAAACUAAA